AACAUUAGAUUUCAGUCCAGGAAACCGCGUGUCCCUGAUCUCUCCCAGUGCAAAGUCUUCGAUCAGUCGUGCCUUAGUUUCCCUUUUUGAUAUUUAUUUGCUAACUCUGUUUUCGCUCAUCCCUCUCCUUUCUUUUCGCAAGGAUUGCGGGUGAUUUAUUAAUCUGCCUUUCUUGCACAUUAGCCAGGAGGGGUAAAAAAAGUAUCCGACGUUACUGACAGAUUUAUGAGCCAAUUGCGAACCAUCGCCUCAAGGCUACAUGAUUUGAUCCCGGUAGAGAAGAAGUGCUUGUUUGAAUUAGUCCAUUUGAACAAAGGGAUCCGGGGGAUGUACAACAUCGUAUUACACCGUUUGAUCGCAGCUUUUUUUGGUGUGGGCUGUUACAAUUCCUAAAGAUUACAGCUACCUGGACAAAUUUUCUCCAGCAACAGAAAUGUUUCCUCACAACCGCUCGUCGGUACCACCAUCUGCCACCCCAGGUGCCUCAUCCCAAACUUUGAAAUUCACCUUCCCAGAAACUUUGGAUCGGAUUAAAGAAGAAUUCCAGUUUCUACAGGCACAGUACCACAGCCUCAAGCUGGAAUGUGAAAAGUUGGCCAGUGAAAAGACAGAGAUGCAACGGCAUUAUGUAAUGUAUUACGAGAUGUCAUAUGGCCUCAAUCUUGAGAUGCAUAAACAAACUGAAAUAGCGAAGAGACUAAACAUGAUUUGUGCCCAACUCCUUCCUUACUUAUCACAAGAACACCAACAGCAAGUCAUCCAGACUAUUGAGCGUGCAAAGCAAGUGACCAUGGGUGAUUUGAACGCUGCAAUUGGGGUCCGAGGACUUCCUAUUCUACCGCCCCCUCAUCACUUCCAACCCCAGCAGCUGUCCCACCAUGCUUCUCCGUUUCCACUCGCUCUUCACCCCUCAGGGCUGCAGCUUCCCACCAUGUCGUCGAUAGGGGCCAGCUCUGGUCUUCUGGCUCUCUCCAGUGCCCUUGCAGCACACCCCCAGUUUGCCCUCAAAGAAGACAAGAAUCACCAAGAUCCAGAGCAUCGCAGAGACAGAGACCAAGGGUCGAGUUCUGUGCACUCGUCCAACGGAGACAAGCCAAGAAAUUCCUCGGAAUAUCCUAUCCACCUCAAGAAAAAGAAGACGGAGGAGCGGGAUUCAGUGAAUGACUACGACAGUGAUGAAGACAAGAGUGAUGAUAAUCUUGUAGUUGAUGUUUCCAAUGAGGAGCCUUCAUCUCCUCACAGCAGUUCUCCCCAGGCAGCACAUGAAAAUGGAUUAGACAAGCUCCAUGCAAGGAGGAAGACGCAAGUGAAUAGCCCGACAUCCCUGGUUACAACAAGCAGCACUCCCCCUCCACUAAAAAGUAAAGAGCCAGUCAUGAAUGAGAAGUCCAGCACACCAGGACUGAAGUCCGGUGUGCCGCCAUCUCGGAGUGAUACGGCGACCCCCAGCACCAGCAGCACUUCACAGCUCUGCUCGGCCCCCGGCAAAGCAGGAGCGGAUCCACUGGCUUUAGGGUUAAAACCGCCACUAUCUGUACAGGGAACCUUCCCAGUGCCGUUUGGGAUGGUGCACACUGCGGUGAAUGGUGGGAUUGCUGGUGCUAAUGCCUACGGAGGUUUGCAUUUUGCUUCCCCUCAACUCAACGGCGGAGCCACAGCCUCCACGUAUGGACGGUCAUCCGUGGCUGGUUUUGAACAUCACACUCACAAACGAGGCCCAGGCCUUCCUGGGAGUCUGUCAGCAGCAACUGCAGGAAAGCCUGCCUAUUCGUUCCACGUUGGAGCUGACAGACAGAUGCAGCCCGUUGCGUUCCCGACUGAUGCCCUUACAGGCACAGGCAUACCUCGACACGCUCGACAGAUCAACAACCUUCCCCACGGAGAGGUGGUGUGCGCCGUGGCCAUCAGUAACUUCACCAAGCACGUGUACACAGGAGGAAAGGGCUGUGUGAAAGUGUGGGAUAUCAGUCAGCCGGGGAACAGAAGCCCAGUCUCUCAGCUGGAUUGUCUGAACAGAGAGAACUACAUCCGCACAUGUAAACUUUUUCCAGAUGGCCGCAGUCUGAUCGUGGGCGGAGAAGCUAACAACAUUUCCAUCUGGGAUCUCGCAGCUCCAAGCCCACGAAUCAAAGCUGAGCUAACCUCAUCCGCUCCCGCUUGCUACGCGCUGGCCAUCAGCCCAGAUGCUAAAGUUUGUUUCUCUUGCUGCAGCGAUGGCAGCAUUUUUGUCUGGGACUUGCACAACGAAACGCUCAUUAGGCAGUUCCAGGGUCAUUCUGAUGGAGUGAGCUGCACAGAUAUUUCUAAUGAUGGGACCAAACUAUGGACAGGAGCUCUGGACAACACAGUCAGGUGCUGGGACCUGAGGGAGGGUCGUCAGAUGCAUCAGCAUGACUUUGCAUCACAGAUCUUUGCACUAGGAUGCUGCCCAACAGGAGGGUGGCUUGCCGUCGGCACAGAGAGCAGCAAUGUAGAAGUUUUACACAUCAACAAACCAGACAAAUAUCAACUUCACCUUCACGAGAGCUGUGUUCUGUCACUCAAAUUUGCUUAUUGUGGUAAAUGGUUUGUAAGCACUGGAAAAGAUAACUUGUUAAAUGCAUGGAGAGUACCAUACGGAGCAAGUAUAUUCCAGUCCAAAGAGUCAUCAUCUGUGCUAUGCUGUGACAUCUCGGUUGACGACCAAUAUGUUGUUACUGGCUCAGGGGACAAGAAAGCCACAGUGUAUGAAGUAAUUUACUGAGAAUUCAGUUCUUUCCAGGGAGAGGAGGGAAUGGAAAUGGGACGGGGUGGGGACAAGCAUUUAAUAGAGACAUUGCGCCUGGAUCAGUUAACCACAUUACCCAAGGAACACUUCAUCAGAGUCCACCUCCGCAUUGGAAGACUGUUUUGUGUGGCCUUGUUCUGGUUAUUGGAAUUUAACUUCAACUUGUUUUAACAAGAAAGGAUUUCUAAAUUGACCAAAGUGGUGAAUUCUCAUCUGAGGAGGAAGGUUUGUUCACCUCACGAUCUCGUGGUCCAGCUCACACCAUGAUUAAUGCUAACGUUUAGGGUAACACAUUCAUUGUACAAUUUAUUUUAUUUCUCUGUUUUGUUAUCUGGAACUUUGAAAUUCACCAUUGGGUUAGGGGAAAUAAUUGUUUAAGACAAUGUAACUCCUUGCUGCCUCUGGAUCUAACCAGUUAUGACACCAAUGGAACUUUGUCCUGCUUUUCCAUCACAAACAAAGCUUUAAACCGUACAUGAAAUUCAUCAUUUUAUUUUGCGCUGUUCAUUUGUAGAACAGUGUGAAAUUUAAAACCUUGGCUUACUCUUCUCCUUCCCAGUCUCCUUCUGCCCUAAUAUAAACUAGUGUUUGUGUGUUAGCAUUUAUAGGCAGCAGUUCAAAUGUGGAUUUAGAAGUUGACUGCUUUAAAAUUUUGGUUCCAUUUCCAGUUGCCUGUACAGAUUUCAAGGUUUGUCAUUGCUUGAAGUUAGUAUUCAUCGUUUGGCUGCUUCCCUGCUUUGGCAAGGAUUACAAAUUCCACCAUUGUUUGAGACUACCUCCUUACAGUGUGGAGCAAUUGGCUCUUUGGAACUUUAAGGGAGAUCUCCAGGUGAGCGAGGAGGCGAGCACAAGGUUUACACUUAAUGCAGAGAGUCAUAAGUGCGAUGUAGCAAAAUGAGUUGCUUUUAGGAAAGGGAAAAACACUCUGUUUAACAAUCUAUUUCAUUCACUAGAAAAAUACAUCUCAUUUGGGUACAAGUGCUAUGGCAUCAAGUGGCUGCAGUCCAGACCAUAGAUUUGAAGCAACUUGUGCUACUUGACUUGAAGAAUUACAGCCUGUUAUGACAGUUGUCCAUUUGGGUUUCAAUGUUGCAAUUCACUCGAGCAUGUUUCUGAAACCUGGGUUAUGCAACCUCAUGGAUUUAUUAAUCAAGUUUAUAGGAAACCGUCGUCAGCUUAUAUUUGCAAAGAGCUCCACGCAGUUUUAAAACCAUUUGGUUUAUUUUAAUAUCUGGGCAAUUUUUUUCCUUCAAAGCCAAUGUAUAAAUAUGGUAAUAAAAUGACUAUUAUAGGAGAAGCAGCUCGUCCUACUUGCAUCUAGGCUUCAAAGCAAUUACUUUUCAUUUCUAAUUUACAACAUGGCCUCGUGGUUUUGGUCAGACAUGCUCUCCGGAGAAAUUUGUUGCCAUAUUUUCAUUUUAUCUAUUUUUCCUUCUCUCUCAUCAUUCACAAUGUUAAAAGCAAUAAUUACAAAGGUAUUCAUUUGUUGUCCUUCUUUUCAUCUUACUUCGUUUCAUUCUUCAAAACACUUGUUCUUUGAUGCGUGGUUCCACAUCCAUUGGUUGCCUUCCAGCGUUUGCCAAAAGCUGCCAUUAUAGAGUAUGCCAGAAUGGGGGGCACCCCUCCAAUAUCUGACCCAGGAAAACUUGGCUUGCAACCAUAGUCCCAACGUUGCCUGACAGCUUAUAAAAUGGCUGAUGAGUCAUCGAGAGCAAUUUUCCACCCAAGUCCUGAUCUCCUAAUACCUUUAAAAGGGCCUGUGGUUGAUUUAAUGCCACUGUUAACCCUUGUGUAGCUCAUUCAGUAGGGAGCCGAACAUCAAACUGGGUUCUAAGGGUAUUUAACCGUUCAGUUUUUGUUGGUUUUAAAGGUAGAUUGGCAUUUUCUAACCAUCUGUUUACUUCAAAAACACCGGAUUACCUGGAUACACAUGCACACACGCACUUUCUCCUCAUGGUGUAGGCUACCUAGAUGUGUCUGGUGAAUACAUCAACUUUAUUGCAUCCAGUUUUUAAGAACUUUUGGCUUUUCCUAAAUAGUCUAAAAUGGCCAACAUUGUUUGAUUUUUUUUUUGGGGGGGUGGAAUGGUUAAGCUUGACAGGUGAUAAACUUGGAUAAAGUCAUGGACCUUCUGGGUCUGAGAAUCAUUAACACUGCAGAUGCUGGAAAUCCAGGGGUAACACACACACACCCACACACACAAAAUGCGAAGGACCUCAUCCUGAAACGCCAACUGUUUAUUCCUCUCCGUAAAUGCUGCCUGACCUGCUGAGUUCCUUGAGCACUUUGUGUGUGUUACUGAGAAUCAUUAAGUUCUAUUUUGUCGUCUCCAUGACAGGAGAUUAGCUGUUGACCAGUACAUAUAGUGGCGUUGAAACCAAAUAAAUUAUCAGUCCGAUUUGACUGAUUUGAAUGUCCGCCAUGACAUCUUACUCUUAUUCUAAACUAGGCUCUGAAUGUUCCCUUCCUCUUGGCCAAAUGUAGACAUUUCUGGUUCAUUUGGCUUUGGUACAAUGGAAUAGGAAGAGUUCAGGUGACUUUGAAGAUGAGCUCUGGUGUGUUCAGGUCCUCAGAGCCUAUUCCUCUUCAUGGAUGUUGUAAUGAAAGAGGGUUGUGUACAUUUUUUUUUUGUCUCCACUGGUAAAGUAAUCACUGUAAACAUUUAAGAUUGCCCUAAUUGUCAACUUGUAUAUUUGGUUUCGAUGGUAACCGUGCCUCUGCCUUCCUCCUGGAAGAAAUGAAUACAUCGCUAAAUUCUUCAGUGACACCCAGAUAUUUUUGUCGCCCAAUAUGGUGAUUUGUAAUGUCCAAAAUUCUUCCAUGUCUCAUGCUUUUACAUCCCAGUUUGGGGUGAAUUUGUAGUUUAUGCCUUUAAAAUCCCAAUAAACUAUUUUGUAUGUGA